GCCGACCCGGAAACACUUAGCGGGCAUCCUGCGUGCUUCCGGGGUUUACAGUACAGCAAAGUUUGUAGUGUUUAUUUAGUUUUUUUCUGAAUUAACGAAAGAAAUGAACCGAAAAGAAGAAUAUGAUUCUUACGAGAUUGAGGAACCGAGUGAUGAAGAGAGAGCAUGUAGCAGUUCUGAGGAUGAACUCGACAUCCUUCUUAACGGAACCCCGGAUCAGAAGAAGAAGCUCAUCCGAGAGUAUCUGACCGGGGAAAGUGAGUCGUCCAGUGGGGAUGAGUUUGAGAAAGAAAUGGAGGCAGAACUUAGCAGCACUAUUAAAUCUAUGGAAUGCAACUGGACAACUCCUCUCACUCAAGGCGAGACCUCUCAGGUUAGCGCCAAUACACAGAGCAAUGACCAGAAGCAGCAGCCUCAACAAUACGAUGACGUAUACUUUGACACAGAUUCUGAUGAAGACAGCCAAGCUGGUUUCUCCCAGAUCCAGCGACAAAAGCAGCGAAACAUACUUACAAAUGAUGAGUUAUUAUAUGACCCAGAUGAAGAUGAUCGGGAUCAGGCUUGGGUAGAUGCCAAGAGAAAAGAGUACCGGAGCCGGAGACGACCAGCGUCAUCUGCAAACAGAAGAAACCAAACUCAAUGUCUUCCAAGCAGCGAUGCCAUCCUCAACUGUCCUGCAUGUAUGACCACACUAUGUCUGGACUGUCAGAGACAUGAGAAAUACAGGACACAGUACAGAGCCAUGUUUGUGAUGAACUGUACAGUGAAAAAGGAUGAAGUGCUGAGGUAUAAAGCAGCAAAACAGAAGAAACAGCGCAGGAAGAGGAGUCAUCAGGACCAGGCAGCCACAUCAGCAGAGGCUAAGCCUGAGGCAGAAUCAGGUCUGACUGACUCCAGAUUAGGUGGGAUGGAUGAAGAAGAAGUCUAUCACCCAGUCAAGUGUACAGAGUGCUCAACUGAAGUGGCUGUCUAUGAUAAGGAUGAGGUCUAUCACUUCUUCAACAUUCUUGCAAGCCAUUGCUGAUGAUGCAACGGUUAUUCUGAAAGUUCUAAGAAUAAGUGUGUUCUGAAAUUGAUUUACUUGUGUGCUCAUGCACAAUGAUGUAAAAUAUCUGUAAUAUAUAUCCAUUUUUCCCCAGUGUUUUAAAAAUGUGUAAUGCUUUUUUUUUUUAAACUGGUGAGAUGCAGGACAGGCAUUUAAUUUUUCCUGAACUUCAGUGUAACGUGUUAUUAGUAGCUUUACAGAUGGUUCAAGCAUGUUUAUUUCUUGUGUAUCUGAAUAAAUUUAUUUAAAAUC